AUGGGCUUUCAAUCUUUUACCUCCCUCCUUUCACUGGUCGCACUUGUUCCGUCAGCUUUUGCUGUCCUGGAAACAACUGGUGACCUCGUCAUUUCUAACGCUGCAGUCAGCCCCGAUGGUUUCAGCCGUACCGCUGUCCUUGCUGGCGGUGGGGUCGUAGGUGAACUUGUCACAGGAAACAAGGGCGAUAACUUCCAAAUCAAUGUUGUGAACGAGUUGACGGACGAUACCAUGUUGCGAUCUACAACCGUCCAUUGGCACGGCAUUUUCCAAGAGGGAACCAAUUGGGCUGAUGGACCUGCAUUCAUCAAUCAGUGUCCCAUAGCAGCAAACAACUCCUUCUUAUACGACUUCACCGUUUCUGAUCAAGCAGGGACAUUUUGGUAUCACAGUCAUCUUUCGACGCAAUACUGCGAUGGUCUUAGAGGUGCUCUAGUUAUCUAUGAUCCUGAUGAUCCUUAUGCCGAUUUAUACGAUGUUGACGAUGAUACCACCGUCCUCAGUCUCAUGGAUUGGUACCACGAAAAGGCUGAAACUCUUACCUUCCCCUUUCCGGAUGCUACCUUAAUCAACGGUCUUGGACGGUAUUCUGGAGGUAAUGCGACGGACCUGUCGGUCAUCACGGUGACUUCUGGAACUCGAUACCGUUUUCGUUUGGUCAAUUUGGCUUGUGAUCCUAACUUCGUGUUCAGCAUCGAUAAUCAUACGAUGACCGUUAUCGAAGCAGAUGGUGUCAACCACGAGCAAUUAGUCGUCGAUUCCAUUCAAAUUUUUGCUGGCCAGAGAUACUCAUUUAUUCUUGAAGCGAAUCAAUCUGUGGAUAACUAUUGGAUUCGGGCUGACCCCUCCACCGGCACUUCUGGAUAUGCAGGAGGAAUCAAUUCUGCCAUUCUGCGAUACAGUGGGGCCGCCGACAGCGAGCCCGGUACCCCAGAGGUUACAAGUGUCCUCGCCCUGAACGAAACCCAGCUUGUGCCUUUAGAGAACCCUGGCGCUCCAGGAGAACCUGAAGUAGGAGGCGUCGAUUAUGCUUUAAAUCUGGCUAUGGCAUUUACCGGAACGGCUUUCACUAUCAAUGGCUAUAGCUUUACUUCACCGACGGUACCCGUCUUGCUUCAAAUCCUCAGCGGUGCGGAAACGGCCGAUUCGCUUUUGCCUACGGGGUCUGUUUACUCCUUGCCCACCAAUUCAACCAUCGAGAUUUCUAUUCCUUCUGGAGGACUUGCCGGUUUCCCUCACCCCUUCCAUCUUCACGGUCAUACCUUCGACGUCGUGCGCAGUGCUGGUAGUACGACCUAUAACUACGCUAACCCAGCCCGUCGAGAUGUCGUCAGCACUGGAGCCGCCGGGGAUAAUGUAACAAUCCGUUUCACCACAGAUAACGCGGGUCCUUGGUUCCUUCACUGCCACAUUGACUGGCAUUUGGAGGCCGGUCUUGCCAUUGUCUUUGCUGAAGAUGUUGCCGAUUGGAACACUACCCAGACUCCCUCCACUGCUUGGGAUGAUCUGUGCCCCAUCUACGACGCUCUUUCUGCUGACCAACUUUGA